UCCGCGCGUGCGCACGGAGAGCGAGCUCCCGGGUCGGCACGCGAGUCUCCACGCGGUGAAGGCAACAUGGAGGCUUCGGCUUCUAUCCCGCCGUCAGCCUCAACCGAGACUUCAGCUUCGACUCCGGAGACCCCGGCCGGCCCGGAGCAGCUGGACGAAGAGCAGGUUAAGAAGGCAGUGGAGGCUCUGUUGGCACAUUCCAGAUCCAGGAAAAACGCGAAUGGAUUGCUUCUGAAUGAGAAUGAAAAUUUCUUUUUAAUGGUGGUGUUAUGGAAAAUUCCAAGUAAAGAGCUGAGGGUCAGACUGUCUUUGCCUCAUGGUAUUCGAUCAGAUUUAGCAGACGUGUGUUUAUUUACCAAAGAUGAACCAAAUCUAAGCUCUGAACAGACAGAACAUUAUUAUAAGAAGCUUCUAAACAAGCAUGGGAUCAAAACCAUUUCUCAGAUUAUUCCUCUCCGAACUUUAAAAAAGGAAUAUAAAGCCUAUGAAGCCAAGCUCCGCCUCUUGGGUAGUUUUGACUUCUUCAUUACAGAUGCCAGAAUCAGGCGGCUCUUGCCGUCACAUCUGGGGAGGCAUUUCUACAACAGAAAGAAGGUUCCAGUAUCUGUAAACCUUCAGUCCAAGACUUUAUCUAGAGAGAUCAACGACUGCAUUGGGGGAACUGUCUUAAACAUCUCUAAGAGCGGCUCUUGCAGCACUAUCCGCAUCGGUCACACCGGGAUGCCGAUUCAGCACAUUGUUGAAAAUGUCGUUGCUGUUGCGAAAAGGCUCUCGCAGAAACUGCCGGAGAAGUGGGAGAGCGUGAAGCUCUUGUUCAUGAAGACUGAGCGGUCGGUUUCCCUGCCUGUCUUCUCUUCCUUUGUCAGCAGUCAGGGUGAAGCCAAGGGACUCCGCACACGAGACCUGUUGAAAAAGGUAUCAAAGAAAAGCCGAAAGAAGAAAGAAAGAGCUCUUAAAAGACAGCAGGAGAAGAAAGAAAAGAAGCUUCUAAAGCAGGCUGGAAAGGCCAAACCUGCCCCAACCACAGAUGCAGUGGCCCCCAAAACUGGGGAUGUUCCAGCCCAGGACCCUGCACCCCAGGAGGAGACCGGUGGGGUGAGCACCCUGCCUAAAGCACAAGACGAUUCUGAAGAUGAAAUCCCAUUGCUGGUGCCAUUGAAGGAAACUCCAGCUGCAGGAAGCGCCAAGAUACAAAAAGCUGCCACAGGAAAGAAGUCUCCGAAAAAGAGUCCUGGUCCCAACACAGCUCGUGGGAAGAAGAGAAAGCCCUCCGCAGCCCUGGAGACCCCAAUAGCUGCAGAGCCCAAGACCCCAGGGAAAGGCCCAGGGAAGAAGGCCAGAGUCAAAGAAGAGGUGGAGAAAGAAAGAAACUCUUCCCGGGGGAAAAAAGACCCAAGACAGACUCCCAAAAAGCCAGAGGCCAAGUUCUUCACCACUGCUAGUAACUCUGCAAAAAAAGCCCCCCGUACCCUGACACGGCGACCCAAAAAACCCAAAGUACCCCAGUCAACCUAAAAUCAGAGACUCAACCA